AUGCGAUUUUACAUCAGCGGGAAAUGGGGGUUUACGCUGAUCUGGGGCUACUAUGGAUCUGUGCUUCCAUUGGCAAUUGCUAUGGCCAUCCCGAAUGCUGUACUGACUUUCACAUUGAGCACACUCAAUGAGGAAAAUGUAUAUGUGCAGGAUGCAGAUACCACCAAUACCGUUUGGGGCAUUCUUGGUGUCUUUAGCAGUUGCAUGUUCUUUGUGCUGAAUUUUAGAAGCCGGAUUGCGUAUAACAGAUGGUGGGAGGGAGGAACCCUGCUACAACAAACCCGCGGCGAGUGGUUCAAUGGCUACAGCAGCCUCAUCGCCUUCACGAAUCCAUCGCCGGACAUGGCGAAGAAAGUGGAGGAGUUCCAACAUCUUCUGGUUAGACUCAUGAGCAUGCUGUAUUGCUGUGCACUACAGCAAGUUUCUCCAGAUCGAGACAGGCCGUUUGAGAUCUUGUCACCCGAUGGGGUCGAUCCAGACAGCCUCAGAAUGCUGGCCAAAACGACCGACAAGGUUGAGGUCAUCCUGCAGUGGAUCCAGAGACUGAUAACGUUGAGUAUGCAGAAUGGGGUGAUCAUUGUGGCACCCCCUGUGGUUACUCGUGCAUAUCAAGAGCUCUCACGAGGGAUCGUGAACUUGCAGAAUGCUCGAAAAAUCGCCGACUUUCCGUUCCCUUUUCCAUUUGCGCAAGCAAGCAUCGUGAUGCUUUGUUUGCAUUGGGGCGCGGUUCCAGUUCUUUGUAGCAUGUUGCUGAGCAGAAUGCUCGCAACGAUCGUGUCCUUUGUAGUGAUCUGCUUCUUGUGGGGUCAGAAUUUCAUAGCACUUCAGUUGGAAUCGCCCUUUGGUUCUGAGCCAAAUGACUUGCCAAUGCAGCAGAUGCAGAUGGACUGGAACAACAGCUUGCGAGCCCUGAUGAACCCGCACGCGCAGCGGCCUCCAAGGUUCAACUUUGAUCGCGAGCGCCAUCGUCAGCUCUCGGUGAUGAUGUCCGAUGGCACGUUGUUCGAUUCCGGCCCGCAGCUGGUGGAGCCCACACGUCGAUCGGCGGUCUACGUGAAUAGUCAGGGCACUUGA